AUGUCGUUUGAAGAAAUAAUAUCAGAAAUACAAGCGAAACCGGAAAUGUGGUGUUCUUCUCAUAGGCUUUACAAGAAUAGAGUUGUCAAAGCAAAAGUAUGGAGGGAGUUAUCAGCAAAACUCAAAGUUAAAGAGGAGAUAUUAAGAAAACGUUGGAAACAUUUGAAAGAUCAAUAUAGGAAAGAGCUUAAGAAAUAUCCUGGUCAUAUAUCCGGAAUUGAAUCUGAUGAUUGGGGAUCUACGUGGCAAUAUUUCAAUAUGAUGUCAUUUGUUAAGGAUGAACUAAUGCAUGCAACUGGCAAUUUAAAUGUCAGUCAAGCAAGCAACACACAGGAUAGCGAAAGCACGGACACGCAUAGCUAUCUCAAUGAUUUGGACACCGAAAUGAUUGAAUCUGUGCCGUACCCUCUACCUCAGCAUUCACCUGUGGGCUCUACGUCGUCACAAGACUCUUCAAGAAGACGUUCAAACAUCAGUCAGGAGCUGUUGGAGAUAAAAAGGAGAAAGCUGUCAAUAAUGGAGAAACGUUUCGAGAGUGAUGAUACGAACAGUUUGAAUAAAGACGAGGAUUACUUGUUCUUCAAAAGCAUUCUGCCGUAUAUGAAAAAAUUGACAGAAGUACAAAAGUUACAUUUACGCGGCAAAAUUAAUGAUUGGCUAACGGAAGCUAUUACACAAAAUGAACUGAGUGUGAAGAGAGAACCGAAAUACGAUUGA